UCCGAACUGCAAGGAACUCACCAGUCCGUGCCAUUUUUCUUCUGGACAUUUCUUCUAAAAUAAUGGGCACAAUGAUAAAGAAGAAAAUCGGAAAUUCAAGCCCGAAUAAUACCAAAAGUAUGAAAAGGAUGUUAAAGCCAGUUAUAGAGAAGAAAAGACGAGACCGAAUAAAUCAGAGUUUUAGCGAGCUAAGGAUUUUGUUACUGAACUACAAAUUAGAUUCGCGUUUACAGAACCCCAAACUGGAGAAAGCAGAGAUUCUAGACCUGGCUGUGGAAUAUCUUCAAAAAAGGACAGACAAACGAAYCAUAAGCAAUGAUUGUUCCAGCCAGGCUGUGUGUGGGCCGAAGGAGGUGCAGCAGGUUAUUCACAGUGAGGUCUCCAUGGCAGGCGUCCCCAGUCCCCCAGCAGCAGCAUACUCCAGGUCUGCUCUCCCUGCCAUCUACACCGCAGGCUUCCAGCAGUGUGUCUCUCACCUGGCUGGCUUCAUGGGCAGCAGCAGCCCCUUGGAGAGAGAGGGCUUCAUCCUCCUCCAAGGGCUGAAGAGCUACAUAGACAGUCAGUGCCCAACCACAAACACCAGUACAGCCAUGUACCCAUCCAGUCAGUACCCAACCACAAACACCAGUACAGCCAUGUACCCAUCCAGUCAGUACCCAACCACAAACACCAGUACAGCCAUGUACCCAUCCAGUCAGUACCCAACCACAAACACCAGUACAGGGCAGCUGCAGUGCCCAUCCUCCCCGUCAUUAACAGACAUCCAUCUGAGGUCAGGUGGUAAGGAGAUGGCUCAUUGGGCGGACAUGGUGCCUGUGAGAGAGGGAUGCCGUCCCUCUAAACAGGGGGCAGUUCUCUGCCUCCGCAAAUCCACUUUGUCGACCACCCACCAUUCUUCCUGCCAACCAAAUGGCCACUCGUACCCCUUGACACCUGACUACCUCUCCCCACCUCUGUCUCCUUGCCUUUCUUGUUCUUCUUCGGUUUUCACCACCCCUCCUCCCUACUUCUCGUUUCCCUGUCACUUUAGUUUCCCUCCCAGCCUGUCACCUAUUUCCUCCAACCCCUCAUCCUGCUCCGGAUCCCCGUCGCUACAUAACGUCCCUUCUCCUCCACUUGGUUUUUCACCCACCCUCCCUCUCUCAAGUCCUCCCACCCUCCCUCUCUCAAGUCCUCCCGGCCUCCCUCUCGUCCCCUUUCCCUCCCAUACGUCUCUGUGGUCCCCUAUGCCUGCACGAAGGCAAGAAUUAUUUAUUAGCUCCACACACUGGAGACCCUGGUAGAAAGCCAGGUGAGCGUCAACUGACAGAGGGACUAUGAAACAGUUCAACUGGACCAACGUUAGAGAAACUGACAAGAGGAGAGAGCCACCUGGUGGAGAUCAUGGAGGUAACCUGAACAUGACCCUGCUGCUGCUGACAUUUAAUAUGGUGCUCUUCUCGUUUGAUCAACUUUCCUCAUAAUUUCUGAAAUGUUCCCCAUAUUUGUAACARGUCAGUAUUCAUAAUCUCUCUCUUUCAUUUUUUUAGAUAAUCCUUGUAAAUAUGAAUUGCAUAAACUGUGUAUAAAUGUAUAAAUAUAUAUAUAUUGUCCUGUAAAUAUAUUGUUAGAGAAUAAA